AUGCGCCGAGAGCUAGAAACAAGACCGGAGAUGCUACCAGGCUGGCGGGCCGGAAGCAGGUCUGGUCUGGUGUGUUGGCUGCGCCGUGGAGCACAUGCAAGAUACAGCAUGCACUCCUGCAUGCAUGCAUGCAGGGUUGGUGUAUGGGAGUUGGCGACGAGUCUCGUCGCGGCAUCUCAUCGACCCGGGAAGGGCUUCCGGACGAUACGCAUGCGUGCGCGUGGCAGUUGCCGCCGGCUGCGUCCCUUUGCCACCCCUUACCCGUCUCCCCUUGCUUCCCCUCAACAGCAGGCGUUGGUGGGAUACCGACAGAGUGUAUUAGAUUCCACGGCGCAACGUGGGUGGUUGAUGGUGGUGGUCAUGAUGCGCUGA